AUGGCGGAGCUAAUGGAGCUUGGCCCAGACAGGGUGAGCAUCAUGUGUGGGUUCGUGCUUCUGGUGGUGACGGCCAUCUUUGCGGCGAAGCUGGAGUUUGCAGACGUGCUGCUUGUGGCAGCCUUGCGUUGCUUGGCCCAGCUCGCCCUCCUCGGGCUGGUGCUUGAGGAGGUGUUUGCUCUCGAUGAGCCGACACUGGUCUUUGGCUACAUUGUCUGCAUGAUCCUCCUCGCCUCCCGUGAAGGCUUUGCAAGGACAAAGGUGUACUAUAGGGGCAUGCUCCUGAACAUGCUGCUGGCCUUCCUGGUCUCCAUUGCUUCCGUCGGACUCCUGGGCGGCUUUGUGCUCGUGCUGCGGCCGGAUCCCUUCAUUCAGGCACGGUACCUGAUUCCGAUCUGUGGCAUGAUGCUGGGAAACGGCCUUACCGGCUUAACCUUGGCGACCGACCUCUUCACGGCACACCUGACCGAGAAGACAGAUCACGUUGAGGCGUUGCUCGCGUACGGCGCGGGGCCGUGGCUUGCGAUGCGCCCUGGCAUCCGGUCGGUGUUGAAGCGGAGCAUGCUGCCAACCAUCAACCAGAUGUCUGUCGCAGGCCUCGUCUCCAUUCCUGGCAUGAUGACUGGCCAGGUGCUCGGGGGGUCGCCCCCAUUGCAGGCGGCCCUGUACCAGGUCUUCAUCUUCUACCUCAUCACCACUGGCACCUUUGCAUCUUCAUCGCUGAUGCUGUUUCUGUCGGCACGUGCGCUGACCGACCGCAGGGGCAGACUUGUGGUCGCCAAGCUCCGCACAGAGCAGCGCAUCAAGAUUGCGGAAGCCGUGCUUGUGCCUUUCAUAAAGCUCAAGAACUACGUGUCUUGGAGAUGUUGUGGCGGCAAAGCAGGUACUCCCGACAAGAAGCUCAAGCAUGACCCUGCUGUCAAGGCAGACACGGACGUGGCAGGGGCAGAGGCGGCUCGGCCCCCGCCUUCGCCUCAGUGCCUUGUGCAGCUGCAGCGUGAGCAGGCGCCUGACAGCCCAGGAACCCUGCGCUUCAGGACCGCGGCUUUGCGGGAGGGUGGCCGCGAGCGAGGACCUGUGCUGCUGAGGGACGUGGACUUCUCCGUGUGCAACGGCUGUGUGGCUACCCUCUUGGGUCCCAGUGGCUGUGGGAAGAGCACGCUGCUACGGGCAUUGGCAGAUCUGCUCCCCAAUGCCAGCCCAGAAGAGCUGAGCCUGGAGGGCAAGCCAGCCUCCGGCAUGCGAGGUCGCAGCUGGCGGCAGAAGGUGCGAUACGUUGCUGUGCCCAAGGCUCCCAUGGAGGGAUCUGCCAGGGACCUCGCUGCCCAGGCAGCGCGGCUCGCAGGGGUGCCCAACCUGCAACGCACAGCAGAGGGGCUCAUGCUGGACUGGGGGAUGGAUCCACAGCUCUUUACCAAGCCCUGGAAUCAGCUUUCCACGGGCCAAACCCAGCGUCUCUUCCUUUGCAUAGCCCUGGCCUCGAACCCCAGUGUGCUGCUUCUGGACGAGCCCACCUCUGCCUUGGACGACACCGCCACCGCGCACGUGGAGGCGUCUCUCCGCAGCUUCCUGCAGCGCGGAGGCACUGCGGUGGUGGUGACCCAUAGCCGUGCCCAAGCAGACCGCUUAGGCCGAUUCGGAGGCGUUUGGGAAGUGAAGCCUGCCGAAGAUGCAGGCGAGGCUGAGCCAUUUGAACCAGUUGUGCCGCAGAGGUGGUGGGAGGGGCAAUUGCAGAAUUCUUUAAAGCCACCCCCAGCUUGUAUCCCGCGGUGCUCCGCGCAGCAGCUUUGA